UGUAAUUCUCACUAAUAAAAUCAGUGAAUUUAAAAUUCAGUAUUUGGUGAAAUAUCAAUUACAUAUUCUGAAAAUCCGCCCUUAUUUCCCUCGCAUUUGCCGUCCCUUUCCUUCCCUCAAACUACAGCUAAAUAGUAGACACAGUGUAAUUUAGGAGAAAAUUUAGGGAAAAAUUCAAAUUCAAAAAUGGAGAAUGAGCGGAAGAGAAGAAAUGUUUUAGCUCUCACCGGAGCCGCCGCUCUUCUCGCCGUCGCGGUCAAUUUUGCCGCUUCUGCUGUCAACGCCCAUUUAAACAAUCGCAAAAGAAAAGCAGUUCCGGGAUCGAAUGUACGGAUAAAUUUAUCGGCUUCUGAAAUACUGAGGUUAGCAGACCACAUAGUUGCAAAAUCUAAGGAGGUUCAUGAUGCAGUUGCUUCAGUUCCUCUUGACAAGGUAACUUAUGCCAAUACAAUACUACCAUUAGCGGAAUUAGAAGCACAUCAAUUUCCUCUGGUACAGUCUUGUGCAUUUCCAAAGUUGGUAUCGGCUUCUGAAGAUAUUUGUAAAGCAAGCAUUGAAGCUGAGCGAAGAAUUGAUGCUCAUGUUUCUAGAUGCAGUAAGCGUGAAGAUGUUUACCGUGUUGUCAAAGCUUUCGCGGCACGGGGGGAUUGGAUGAACUCUGAAGUCAAGCGUUUUGCUAAUAAUUUGGUUCAAGAGUUUGAACGGAAUGGAUUGAAUCUUACCUCGACAAAAAGGGAGGAAUUGCUACGUUUGAAUGCUCAAAUAGAUGAGCUAAGUAUGCGAUACAUCCGAAAUCUGAAUGACGAUACGACAUUUCUUAUUUUCAAUGAAACAGAGCUAGUUGGUUUGCCUCCAGAAUUCCUCAAGAGUUUGGAUAAAGCUGAAAAUGGUAACUUCAAGGUUGUGUUAAGAAGUCAUCACGUGUCUCCUAUCCUGGAGUUAUGUAAGGUAGGGUCAACCAGAAAGUCUGUAGCUGUGGCUUAUGGGAGGAGAUGCGAAGUAAACCUUUCUGUAUUGGAAAAGCUGAUUCAGUUGCGUCACAAACUUGCCAGAUUGCUUGGUUACUUGAACUAUGCAGAAUAUGCUACUGAUCGUAGGAUGGCAAACUCAUCAGCGAAGGUGUUUGAGUUCUUAGAGAAGAUAUCCGCAAGCUUAACUGAAUCAGCAUUGAAGGAACUUUCUCUGUUAAAAGAAUUGAAGAGAAAAGAGGAGGGAGAAUUUCCCUUUGGAGUUGAAGACCUACCGUACUAUGUCAAGAUGAUCAAAGAACAACAGUUCGAUCUCGAUUUUGGACUCGUCAAACAGUACUUCCCCAUCACUUUAGUUUUAUCUGGGAUCUUCAAAGUAUGCCAAGACCUAUUCGGCUUAAGAUUCGAGCAAGUAGCAGAUGCUGAAGUUUGGCAUCAAGACGUGCAACUUUAUUCAGUUUUUGACUUGAGCUCCGGUGAACACAUGGGCUAUUUUUAUCUUGAUAUUUAUAGCAGGGGAGGGAAAUAUGGCCACACCUGUGUCGUGGCUCUUCAAAAUGGUUCGUCGAUUAACAGUUCAAGACAGAUUCCAGUGGCUUUACUUAUUUCUCAACUGCAAAAGGAAGUUGAUGGAAAUCCUGGAUUGAUGAGAUUCUCCGAAGUAGUAAAUUUAUUCCACGAAUUUGGGCAUGUGGUCCAUCAUAUUUGCAAUCGUGCACCGUUUGCUAGAUUUUCUGGCUUACGAUUGGACCCCGACUUUGUUGAGAUCCCCUCUCUUUUAUUGGAGAACUGGUGUUACGAAAGCAGCUCUCUGAAACUGAUCUCCGGUUUUCAUCAGGAUAUCACAAAGCCUAUCGAUGACGAGACAUGUAAAUCGCUCAAGAGAUGGCGGUGUUCUUUCUCAGCACUCAAAUUGAAACAGGAGAUUCUUUAUUGUCUUUUCGAUCAAAUCAUACAUUCCAAUGAAAAUGUAGACAUGAUUGGGCUGUUCAACCAUCUCCAUUCAAAGAUUAUGUUAGGACUGCCGAUGUUAGAAGGAACAAAUCCAGCUUCGUGUUUUCCUCGGACUGUGAUUGGCUAUGAAGCUACUUGCUACAGUCGAAUAUGGAGUGAGGUUUUUGCUGCUGAUAUAUUUACCACAAAGUUCCGCGACGACUUAUUUAACCAGAAUGCCGGCAUGCAUUUCAGGAACACGGUAUUGGCUCCUGGGGGCGCAAAAGAUCCUCUUGAGAUGCUGUCUGAUUUUCUUGGAAGAGAACCAUCAAUACAAGCUUUUGUAGACAGCAAAAGUUAUUAACUUCAUUUUUUUUCUUCUCUUUUUUGAAAUUUGAGUAUGCAUAUGUUUCUUGAGGUUUUGUCACACCUCGAAAAUAUUGCAGGUUUUCGAAUAUUGAAGUCUUAAUUUUCUGAAGGGGAUAAUAGACGGUAAUUCAAUAUUAAUAAAAUGGCAGUACACUACUCGUGUAGUUUGCAUGUUAUUGCACGAAAACAUGGUUGCGUGAAAAAAUUCCAUAGCUACAAUUUGAUGAAUUGAACCCACAAAUUAAAAAAAAAAAAAAA